UGUGAUUGCUCAAUGCGCGCCGUCUACUCCGACAGAAGAGUUUGCUUGGAGCCCUCUGCUGGAAGCCGCGGGUACGCGCCGGAAGUAGCUCGUAAAGCUGUUUCCGGUGCCCGGGCUGUCCUUGUGUCAUGUCUGAAUUCAAGGAAGCGCCGUUGAGCAGCCGGCCCGCGGGCCUCAAUCCCUCCGAGUACUUCGGACUGGGCCCCGAGCAGAGGCGGGUGGAAGAGGAGAGGUUGUCUCUGCGGGCUCAGCUAAAGAGAAAGUACCAGCUGCAGCUCAAUGACCCUCACAGGAAGGCCCUGGUGGAAGAUCCGGCAUUAAACCGCUGGAUGUUUGCCAGGAACCGAAAUAUCUACCCUAACUUCAGGCCUUCCCCCAAGACUUCCCUGCUCGGUUUGGUUUGGGGCGUCGGGCCCUUGUUCUUCUGGUAUUAUGUUUUCAAAACAGACAGGGACCGGAAAGAGAAACUUAUCCAAGAGGGCAAACUGGAGAGACCAUUCCAGCUUUCCUCCUGAAGCUCCACGCCUUGCUCUGAUUGGUCAGGACUGUAUAAAGUGUGAGAUAUUUCCCCAAAAUAAUAAAUAUAUUAUUCACUUGUAA